CUCGCAUUUUAGUCUGCGAAAAUCAAUCGUUUCAGCUGGUUGUGACCGCGAGAGAGCGUGUCUAUCAAAUUGUGAGCCUGCCUUAAUGUGUCUCUGUGUGUUGUGUGUAUGUGCAGACAAAAAUAAAAAUAACACUGCUUAUCGUCAAAUCAGUUGCUAACUUGUGCCAUUGUGUGUGUUUGUGUACGUGUACGCGAUGGCGCAGUUUUAAUACAUUUUGUGCAAAAAAUUCAUGAAAUUAUUACAUACUUUGCACACCACCAACACACAAAACGAAAGUGUUACGCAGACGCUUCUUGGUCGUGUAAUUAACGCAGCAGCAGCAGUAGCAACAACAACAACACUUUACCAACACUUACCUUGACGUCAUUUUUUUCUGAUGCCAAAAACGUAUUGUUGUUCUUGUUGUUGGUUGGUUGGUUCGGUGGCUGUCAGUGCUUGGCACGAAGCGAAUGAACGAAUUUAAUCAAACCUUGUUGUUGUUGUUUUUGUUAUUGUCGUUGUAUUUAUACAGUGCGUAAAAAACGUCUGGCGGCGAGUGUGGAAAUUUGCAUUAAUGCAGCAAAGCGUUGUCGUCGUCGUUUUAAUGAAUGAGUUUGUAAACAACAAAAAGCAAAAGUGCGCAAAGAACGACAAAACUAAUUGCAAAAACAAACACAAUUAACCGUGAAAAUUAGCGCGAAAGAAGCGAAAUAACAUCAUAAUGGUUUAUUAUAUACCAAUGUUUGGACGUACCGAUCCGCCGGACAAAAUAAUAACAAAGGAAAAGAGUAUGGCCUGUCUGCAGGAUGAAUUUGGACACCUAGGACUUGCCACAACAGAUCUGCCAUUCAAAUCGGCUGACCUCGAUUCAUCUGCUCCACAGCACCACAACAACUAUGCGGAGAUCACAGACAGCAGCGCAGAAAAUACGUGCCAACAGCGCUGGCCACCACAUGCAGGAGGCGGGGGAUUGGCCAGUGCAUUUGGGCAUCCGGACAAACCGAUUGGCUGGAUGUAUGGGCUAUUGGGUUGCAUGAAGCCCGUGUUGUCCUUCAUUGGCAAAGCGGGUGUGAUCGAAGUGAAGAGUCAGCGCACCGAAGACUGGGAAAUACCGUUCGAGUCUAUUACGGAUCUGGAGUGGUUGGGCAGUGGUGCCCAAGGUGCCGUCUUCAGUGGAAAGCUAAAGAAUGAAAUUGUGGCCGUAAAGAAAGUAAAGGAACUAAAGGAAACGGACAUCAAGCAUUUGCGAAAACUAGAUCAUGAGAACAUUAUCAAAUUUAAAGGCGUUUGCACACAAUCGCCCGUAUUUUGCAUCAUCAUGGAGUUCUGUCCGUAUGGCCCGUUGCAGAACAUUUUGAAGGAGGAGCAGGUCAUGUUGCCGUCCCGUUUGGUCUCUUGGUCCAAACAAAUUGCGCUGGGCAUGCAAUAUUUGCACUCCCACAAGAUCAUUCACAGAGAUCUUAAGAGUCCCAACAUACUGAUUAGUACAAACGAAGUGGUGAAGAUUAGCGACUUUGGCACGAGUCGCGAGUGGAAUGAGAUUAGCACUAAGAUGAGCUUUGCGGGCACAGUGGCCUGGAUGGCACCAGAGGUCAUUCGGAAUGAGCCAUGCUCGGAGAAGGUGGACAUUUGGUCGUACGGUGUGGUACUCUGGGAAAUGCUCACCUGUGAGAUACCCUACAAGGAUGUCGACUCAUCGGCCAUCAUUUGGGGUGUGGGCAAUAACUCGCUCAAGCUGCUCGUGCCCAGCACCUGCCCCGAAGGCUUCAAGCUCCUCGUGAAGCUCUGUUGGAAGAGCAAGCCACGCAAUCGUCCGUCGUUCCGGCAAAUACUCAGUCAUCUGGACAUUGCCGGGCCGGAGCUGUUGCGUAAAACUGAAAAGCAAUAUUUUGAGACUCAAAAGUCAUGGAAGGAAGAGGUGCGUUGCCAUCUGAAGGAGAUCACUCAGAAUGGAACCAGCAUACACAAAUACGAGCAGGAUUUAAUAAAAAGACGCACCGCCGAGUGGCGACAUGCCCAGGACAUUCGCAUGGUCUACGAGGAUAAACUGCAGAAGACGAAUCAAUUGUUCUUCGAGCUCAGCGAAUGCAUGACGCAGCUGCAGGAGAAGGAAAAGGAAAUUGCUGAACGGGAAAGAAAAUUACCUGGAUCCGGCUAUAAGCCCACCAGAAGAUUGGGCAACACUCUCAGGAAAAUGCAACAUUAUCGACGUCGACUGAAUGCGCCGCCAGCACAACAAAUUCAACAGCAAUCCUCAACACCAGAUCCAGAGACCACGCCAGAGAGUCCCGUGAAAUGCGUGCUGUAUGCGCAGCUGGACGGCAACUGCCAGCCCAAAUCCUACUGUGCUGUGGGCAACGGCCUCAUCAUUGGCGGUAGCAUGUCCAGCAAGAAUAAAAAGACUUGGCGUCAUCGACGCAAUGGCUCGGGAUCCUUUGCCGCGCCACCCAAAUACAGUCCGACCCGUGAUCGUCGCUAUCAGAGCGAGCCGGAGAAUCGUAAGGUGCAACUGGUGGAGCGGCAAACUCAAACGGAUGCCAUGGAUGUCAGCGAGACGGAUAUUAGUCCCAGCGCCGAGCAUCCGAUUGAUGUGCCGCCUCCCAAUCAUCGACAGCUGCCACUGCAGCUGCAACGUGUGCAACAAUUGGCCGCCGUGAUGGCCCAGGCCAAGGUUCAGGCCAGCACACCAGUCAGCAACAAUUCCCCAGCCAAUGCCGCUAGUCCAUCGAAUGGAAAUUCUCUUAGCAAUAGCGAAUUGACCUAUCAGGAUGCCUGCUCCAGUCCGGAUCAGCUCAUUGAUGAUGUGAUGAACAGCAAUGAACGCUUGGACAUCGCCGACUGUUGCAGCGACAAUGAGAAUCUUGAGCGUUUGGGUCGCAAAGUCAUCGAGUUUAUUAACGAGAAUCGUCUGUCCAUACAAUCGAAUUCCACUGAGAAUGGCAACGGCGGAAGUGGAGGAAGUACUCACAACACAGUAGCUCCUGAGCUGCGUGAUGUGGGUGUGAACAGCAGUCCGUGUCUGAGUCGAUGCAGCAGCACUCAGAGCAGAAGGCAAAAGAAUCCAACAAUUGUGAUCGCUAGCAAUGCGAAUGGAGAAUCUUCCCAGGAGCAUUUGGGUGAGGAUAGCUGGUCAGAUGAGGAGGGCGAGGAUACAGACUACAAUUAUGCGCUACGCCGAAGAAGCAUUGGUCGUCUGCCCAUCGGACGUGGAAUGCGGCCGAGACGCAGCUACAAGGCGCCACUGUCUCAAAAGAUUGCCAUACACAAACGAAAUGUGGUCAUCGUAUCCGAUGAGGAGAACACCUCCGAGUACAGUCACUCGCCCUCGAGUCAACACUCGACGCUUGAAAGCAAUACGGAUGUGCCUGAGGCUCUGAAGCAGACACAACAUCAACAAAAACAGAAAAACACAAACAACAGUUCCAGCGAGGCGGAUUCAAGUGACUCCAGCGAGGAGGAGCAGGAACAGGAACAGAAGCCCAAAGCAACAGCAUCUGUUGUGGCAGCUACAGCAAAUUCCACGUUACCCAUGGGCGCAAUACGCAGUAGCGAUAUUAUAUCCAUACCGACCUAUGAGGCUGAUGGCGCCGUUAAUAUGGUUUAACCUAGUUACGCAUAGCCUAAGUGACAAACAAAAACUCCUAAAACAAUUAAUCGAAAACAACUAUCUCUAUAUACUCAAAAACAAAAACAAGAAAAACAAAAACCCAAAACUGUAUGGUAUUAUCUGUGUCGUCGUAUGUCAUAUACUAUGUAUGUCCAUGUCCGAUCGUCCCUUUAGUUGUAUGUUAUGUAUCUGUAUGAUAUGAUGAUGGGCAACGAUUUGAAGCGUUGAGCGUUUCAGUUACCAUUAAACCAUAGCCGCAAACGCAACCUCAACCCCAAAACUCAACCUCCAUGCGUUAGGGGCAAUCUUUUCACUCUAACUAUCGUAUGUUUUCAUGCAUUUCCUAAUUUGCAAAAAAUUUAUGUUUAAGAUUUUGUUUAACUCUAUAAGCUGCCUUUGUAAUAUAUUUAAAAAAUGCCGUAAUUGUACAUUUAAUUUAGUUAUUAAGUAGUUUUCAAUCUUAAGAGCUUAAUCGCAACACGCUCCCAACAAAUACAAAACAAAAAAAUACAAAAAAAAGUGAAUAGAAUUGGCCUCAGGCAAUAAAUAGGAAAAGAAUGAAAUAAAUACUUAUUGUAUGUGUAACGCAAAAUAGUCAGGGAUAUUUUUUAUAUAAAGAAAUUUGCUAAGAAAUCAAAGAGAAUGAUUUUUGAAGAAGCGCAUUAGAUUUUUUAAUUUUGUAGUCCGCAUUGGGAUACCUCCAAAUCAUUUUGGAGUAGUCUCAUUCUGGUAAUCGUACUUACUUUUUCAAUAUGCACAAAAUUCAAAGCUUCAGUGCCUUAAAGCAAGUAUUUGAGAAUCGACAAAAUAAUAUAUAAACAAAAAAAAAAAAAACUAAAACAAAACUAAAAAUGGAAAAUCUGAAAAAAAUCGACCACGGCUAUGACGUGGAAAUGUGCGCUUUUACUCCUUUUAAGACUAUAGAACACACGGUAUCGAUGCCACCAAUUGUUUGUCCGCUCUAAAAUCAUCCUUCUCGAAAGCGCACAUCACGCUA